UUCUGUAGGCCAGUGAUGGAGGUUCCCACAGACACUCCUUUCUCAGAGAAGCAAGCUCGCCUGUACUUCAGAGACAUCAUCCUGGGCAUUGAGUACUUGCACUACCAGAAGAUCAUCCACCGGGACAUCAAGCCGUCUAACCUGUUGCUAGGAGACGACGGUCACGUCAAGAUAGCCGACUUUGGAGUGAGCAACCAGUUUGAGGGCAAUGAUGCUUUGCUGUCCAGCACUGCAGGGACCCCUGCCUUCAUGGCGCCAGAGACUCUGUCAGAGAAGUGCAAGAGCUUCAGCGGAAAAGCGCUGGACAUGUGGGCCAUGGGAAUCACCCUGUACUGCUUGGUGUUUGGAAAGUGCCCCUUUUUCGACGAGUACAUCUUGGCUUUGCACAAUAAGAUAAAGACCAAGCCUGUGGAUUUCCCAGAAAUACCAACGAUCAGUGAGGAGCUACGGACUUUAAUCUUGCGGAUGUUGGAUAAGAACCCAGACAGCAGGAUCACCAUCCCUGAGAUCAAAAUUGAUCAGUGGGUGACCCAGGGAGGCACGGACCCCUUGCCUUUGGAGGAGGAGCACUGCUCUAUGGUGGAGGUGACGGAGGAGGACAUCCAGAACUCUGUGAAGUUCGUCCCCAGCCUCUCUGCUGUGAUCUUGGUGAAGGCCAUGCUGAGGAAGCGCUCCUUCAGUAACCCCUUCGAGUGCCCGACCCGGCGAGAGGAGAGGUCCAUGUCUGCACCUGGCAGCCUGUUGAUGGACUCGUGGCCCUUCCGGCCUUCUCUUAAACUGCACCCUUCACGCAGAAAGAGCAGCGCAGGAGACGGACCCAGGGAAGGAGAGCUGGAAGAUCUGCACGAGGAUGAACCUUUCUCAUGAGGAAUUGAACAUGUCCCAGAGGGAAACGGAGCUUCGCUGCCUCAUGCUGCUCUUUGCUUUAACCACUGUGCACUCAUGCCUUCAUCCAGCAUUCCGUUAAAAUCAGGGCAGCAGGAAAUUUGUAUUACACAUAAACAAAUAUUUAAAUGUAAAAGUUGCUUGAAUGAGCUGAAGCUUGCUUAACAUUCAGCGUCCUCUUGGCCUCAGAAAGUCCUUCCUUCUUCUGUGACCCAAUGACAAACUCUUUCUGGGUCCCUGUUCAGAGUAAUGUUGCAGGAAAAGGAGGUAUUUCCUAUUUAUUUCCAUGCAUGGUGAAUAACAGCUUCUCAUGGUCACACUGUCCACAUCCUCAUAUAAAUCAAUCAUGCUGGUUUCCCACUGACCUCAGCAUGUUAAUCCCUCCUCAGCGAACUACAGGGCUUCUGACUACUGAUCAGCGUUUUUUCUAGAUCUCUGGCCUGAUCCUGUGUUACCGUUGCAGCCAUUUUUUUUUCACACUGAUGUCAUCAGUAAAGUUAAAGAAGAAGGAUCAAAAGGCUUUGUGCUGCAUUCAAAGACCUCAGCAGAUGAGCUCUGUGAAAGGAACUAAACAGAUGGGACGCUGGCUUUGCAAUGCAUGCAGGCGUUUUAAAUGCGACUGCCCCCUGUUGAAAGAUAGGGAGUCACUGAUGUUAGCAGUUUAGUACAUGAUUCUGCUCCCCCAAAACCACCCAUUUCCCUUUCUCAUUUUUUUGUAUAAAACACCAUUUAAAAUUGCAUCAUAAUGGAUGUUUGAUGCAAAAGCAGAGGGAACUGUUUUUUUUGUCGUUUUUUUUUUUGCACUGCGCAGAUUGGAGGCAGAGCAAUCGGUCUCCAAAACGGAUAAGACUAUUACAAGAACUGCUGUGUUAUUGGAAAUAUAGACAUAUAUGUAUAUAUGGGAAUUGAUUUGUAUUUUUGAUCAGGAUUCAUUUUCCACUGUGGACUUUUUAGUGGAGAAAGUGUUUUUUGUUGGUUUUUAAUGUGUACUGCAUUUUUUUCUAUGGCAGCAUCCCUGCGGAGCGUUCAUUAAAAAUAAGGGAAGAAAAUCUUCUUAGAUCCCAACAGCUGAUAAAAAAAAAGUCUGUAUGCAAAUGAAAAAAAAAAGUUAUCAUUCCUUUUUUGCUGAACUUGUACAGGCAUCACCAUAACCUGCAGAGGUCAUGAAAAAAACCUUAAAAAUGUAAAAUAACAUUGGUGGAAAUAUGAGCUUUAUCUUCUGCUAACAUUAAGUUUUCAGGACACCAGACCUGAAGGACCGCAAUUCUGCUGCAGAAGAAGAGUCACAAACUCCAGUCCUGAAGAACUGUUGACCUGCAGCUUUUAGAUACAUCGCUGCUCCAACACAGCUUCAUCUAAUGAUUAAAUGACCGUUUGGCUACGGUCUGCAGUUGCAGAUGAGCCAUUUAUUUGAUUCAGGUGUGUUGGAGCAGGAAUUAGCAGGGCUGGAGUUUGUGACCCCCGCUGGAGACGGUGUUUUAUUCAAAUAUUCUAAAACACUGAAGCAUUUUUUAACCCUAAUGUUGACAUUUGUCAGUUUAAAGGAGAUUACUAUUAUUAGCUUAUAUAUUAGCUCAACAUAAAAAGAGCCGGUUCGCUAUUGACUACACAAAAUUAUUACGAAGCAAUAUUCAAACUAGUUAAUCAGGGAGAAUCUUUUUCAAGAUCCGAAUCCGGUUCAGUUAACAAAAACAAUAAGCAAACUAGCAGGAAAAGUCCAAAGUGCCAAAAUAUUGUCAUGAUUUUAUCAAGAGCUCAGACUCACAUGCAGAGAAACCAAAACAGAGAGACCAGGGAAAAAGUUUAACAGGUUUAUUGAGAA